GAUGUAAUUGGACAUGGAUGGAAUCGAUAAAAAAAAGGCGAGAUCCUUUGUUAAUGCCAAACAUGAAGUCUGUCAAUUUCACAUCAGUGGCUACGAUGCUCAUGUCGUACCGUCAUGCCGAAUACAACUUGGGUGGGUUUAAGGGUGAUGUUGUUCAGUCCCCAGGAGGAACUCUGCACUUAGUCGUAUCCGGUAUCCGCUAUGCCAAAGCUCCAAUCGGGAUGCUUAGCUUUAUGGACCCUGAGCCUGUCACGCAAAACGUCAAUGUAAGACGUAAAGUGGACUGCUUGGAGGCGAACCCUUUGGAUGGUAGGUUAGUAGGAGAGGAGGACUGCUUGUACCUCAAUAUUCAUACUCCAAUGCCGUUUAGAGGUAAAAGCAUGCCGGUUUUGGUUUGGCUCCAAGGGAGGGAAUCAGUCGUCGGUACGAGCAGGAGCAGCAUCUACGACCCGGGGCGUCUUAUAGAUCAUGGGAUUGUCGUUGUAACAGUCAGCCAUCGUCUCGAUGUUCUUGGAUUCUGCAGCGCCGGGAUUUAUUCAUAUUGGGGCAACUUUGGUCUUAAGGAUCAACAGGUCGCGAUCAAAUGGGUCAUCAAGAAUAUACGCAUGUUCGGAGGCGAUCCGGAGGAUAUAACCUUAGGUGGAGAAGGUUCGGGUGCAUCUUACGUGCUGUUCCACCUCAACGGUGUUUUUUCUGGUCGAAUAAGAAAGGGGAUCGCACUCAGCGGUUCCAGGUUCGGUCCGAGGUCGCUGACCGUUAAGAAAACGUUCCACCAGCUGGUCAACGAUUUUCACUUUUGGUUCAGCGUCGGUUGCAACGGUCUUACCUGCAUGAGGAAAAAGACAAGCGAAGAGAUUGUAAAAUCGGCGUAUAAUAUCAACAUCAACGUAACCAAGAUAUGCAAGGAGAAACAAGUGGCUUAUUGCAGAAGAGUCCUGAGACGGUUGGAAUGGGAGAAGCAGUUUCCUAUGUUCAACCCGAUAGUCGACCUUACGACCAUCGUCGCAAACCCUUGGUGGGAUAGAGCCAAAAGAAACUUUUCCCUUCUCUUAGGUCUAAAGGACGGAGAAGCAUCUGACAUGUUGAACUAUGGCUACAGUUUCAAAUGGAACUCUGAAACAAUUUGGCAAGCCUCCCACGGCAAUUUGGUCACCUAUGAGGAAGCAUCUGAAAAAGAACUGUCAAAAUUAUACCUCCCGGGUGAAAAGAGGAAGAGAAACUUGUGGAAACUUCUGAGCAACUUGUGGUACAUCGUUCCUGCCAUGGUUGAGGCGCAUUUUCAUCAAGGACCUUUCGAAGCUUUCAUGUAUAACUACGAAACCUUCGGUGCGACUUUAAACUGCACAUUGCCUUACAAGCUACCGUUCAUGUAUGUCCAAAACGACUGCCCACCAUACGACCAAAGGUACGAACCUUUGGCAACACGAUUCACCCAAGUGGUCGUCAGAUUCGUCCAAGGAAGAAACCCUGGGCUGAAAUCUCACACGGAAGACUCUGACAUCUUCAGAGUGACAGAGAGCCUCCAGGCCAAAUACACUUCAGGACAGCUAAGCAAAAUGAGCAUGGAAAUAUACAAAUCGAACAUUUUGUUCGCUUGAUCAAAAUAGAAAAUGUACCACUU